AAACCAAUGAGUAGUUAGGCAGGCCGCAGCCGAUUCGAUGGUGUUGCUCUCCCUGCUGCCACUCGCUGGUCCUUUUUCCGGCUUUCUCCUCCGCGCCGGAUGGAGAGCGCCACUUGUCGGUCGGCGCUUCUGCGUUCUCGAUCGACGGCUUAAUCAGAAUCGCUUUUGUUGCAGCUUGAUAAGUAGAGAUACAGAUAUUAAAAAAACAGCAGAACAGUCUGAAAUUAUUUUCUUAGGCACAGGAACCAGCGAAGGUAUCCCUCGAGUUAGCUGCCUCACUAAUCCCUCAAAAAGCUGCAAGGUCUGCCUAAAAGCGACUGAGCCUGGCAGUAAGAAUAGGAGACGCAACACGAGCAUCGUUAUCCGUUACACUAGUGAUAAUGGAAGCUUUAACAUUCUUGUUGAUGUUGGCAAAUUUUUCUACCAUAGUGCUCUGCGGUGGUUUCCUACUUUCGGGUUGAGAAAUAUUGAUGCAGUCAUAAUUACACAUUCUCAUGCUGAUGCAAUUGGAGGACUUGACGAUCUUCGUGAUUGGACAAAUAAUAUCCAGCCAUUUAUUCCAGUUUAUGUGGCAAAGCGUGAUUUUGAGGUGAUGAAAAUGACUCAUUACUACUUGGUGGAUACAAGUGUUGUUUCAGAAGGUGCUGCAGUCUCAGAGUUGCAAUUUAAUAUAAUAAAAGAAGAGCCAUUUGUUGUACAUAAUCUCAAGAUAACCCCUUUGCCCGUCUGGCACGGCCGAGGAUAUCGUUCGCUUGGUUUUCGAUUCGGCGAUAUCUGCUACGUAAGUGAUGUGAGUGAGAUACCUCAAGAAACAUAUUUGCUUCUCAGAGACUGUGACUUACUUAUUCUGGACAUGCUACGACCGGAUCGUUCUUCCUCGACGCAUUUCGGAUUGCCCAGAGCUUUGGAAGAGGUUCGAAAAAUCCGACCGAAAAGAACUCUCUUUACUGGCAUGAUGCAUCUAAUGGAUCAUGAAAAAGUGAGCGAAGAUCUUGCAAAACUGAAGGAAUUGGAGGGCCUUGAUUUGCAGUUGAGUUAUGAUGGUCUGAGUGUACCUGUGAAUUUAUAAAUUCUUUGAAUAUUUUGUUCUGCGUUGAAUUUAUUUAUUUAUUUUUUUGCUAUUUUUUUGGCAUUUACA